UCUAGGUUAUACCAGUUGCAGAAGGUUUAGAUGGAGAUGCUCUUGCAAGAGCUCGUGUCCUCCUCUAAGCUCUUGAGGGACUUUAAAGAGAUGUACGAGUAUGAGAACCGUUUAAAAACCUUUACAAAUUGGCCUUUUGUGAAGAAUUGCAAGUGUGCUCCAGAGAAUGCAGCUGAACUCCACCACAACAGCUCUCUCACUUCCCCUCCUCAGAAGAAGAAGAUGGCAAAGGCGGGCUUUGUACACUGUCCAAAUGCAAAUGAACCAGAUGUGGCAAAAUGCUUCUUUUGCUUGAUAGAACUGGAGGGCUGGAAACCAAAUGAUGACCCAUGGGAGGAACACACAAAACAUCACAGCUGUGGCUUUUUAUCUCUUACUAAGAACUUUGAUGACCUGACAGUGGAGGAAUACUAUGUGUUGGAGAUGACACGGCUAAGAACCUUCCUUUGCAAGACUGGCAGAAGCAUAAUAACUUCUUUUGAAGAAGAAGUCACUGCAACUAGGAAGCGUCUUGUAGACAACUUUUCCAAACAUCAAUACACACCAGAGCUGCCAGUGCUUCUACAUGCUGAUCCUACUUCCCAACCUUCUGAAGGUUCAUAGUACCAGUCCAAAAAAAAAUCCAGGAGAAGUGAAAUGUAAAGACUGACUCUGAAAGUUUCUCUUCUUUAUAUGGUACUAAUAUUCCUAUUCUUAUGCAAGUACUAAUGUAAAGCCAAAUAGUUGUGUGAGAAAGUGUAGGAAACUUUUUAUAUACUCUCUAGGACAAAGGUCAUAACUGUUUGUACUAACUCCUAUCCUUCACAAUGUGCCUGUCAUUAUGUGAACUACUACCAGUCUAACUAGCCUGUGAAUAUAUGAAAAAUGUUUGUUUAUUCUGGUUUAGUAGGUUGAACUUUUUGAAUAAAGAUUCAUAACUCAGUU